ACGGUACAGUCCCGUUAUACUCGGGAAGAGCCAGGACCUGUACAGUCCCGGUAUACUCGGUCAGAGCUAGGAGCGUUACAAUCCCGUUAUACUCGGGUAGAGCGAGGCGCUCCGAAUAGCGGUUUGAGGAAUGAGGCGGAAAAGGCGAGGAGAACAUGUACACAGGACUUCUCUAAACGCAAAUACUUUGAUAUGGAAGAUGUGUUUGUUGCUGAGAUGGUGGAUUCCUGUACUAUUCCUGACAGAUCUCCCAUCUAGCUCAGCCAUCCAGGUCUCCUCUCGUGAAGACAGGAAGUAUGCCACGCUGUUCCAGUCGGUGAUCCUGCCGUGCCAAUACUCCAGCAUGUCCACCCAGACGCCUGUGGUCCAAUGGUGGUACAAGUCUUACUGCCGCGACCGCACCCGCGACGCCUUCAGCUUCCCGGAGGGCCUGGGGGUAAGGGGCUCCUCGUCCCAUCUAGACUGCUCCGAUUCUAGCCGCACCGUCCGCGUGGUGGCCUCCGUCACCGGAUCCUCCAUCACCCUGGCCGAGCACUACAAGGGCAGAGAUAUUACUAUCAUCAACAGUAAGACAUGGCACUCAAUACUACUGUUGUUGAUGAUGCUAUUACAUCAGGAGGACUAGAUGUUCAGGGAGGCUGGCCAGGUCCUCUAGAUAAAAGACAUGUCACUAGUGUUGUUGAUGAUGCUAUUACAUCAGGAGGACUAGAUGUCCAGGGAGGCUGGUCAGGUCCUCUAGAUAAAAGACAUGUCACUAGUGUUGUUGAUGAUGUUAUUACAUCAGGAGGACUAGAUGUUCAGGGAGGCUGGUCAGGUCCUCUAGAUAAAAGACAUGUCACUAGUGUUGUUGAUGAUGCUAUUACAUCAGAAGUACUAGAUGUUCAGGGAGACUGGUCAGGUCCUCUAGAUACAAGACAUGUCACUAGUGUUGUUGAUGAUACUAUUACAUCAGAAGUACUAGAUGUUCAGGGAGACUGGUCAGGUCCUCUAGAUACAAGACAUGUCACUAGUGUUGUUGAUGAUGUUAUUACAUCAGGAGGACUAGAUGUCCAGGGAGGCUGGUCAGGUCCUCUAGAUAAAAGACAUGUCACUAGUGGUUUUGAUGAUGCUAUUACAUCAGGAGGACUAGAUGUCCAGGGAGGCUGGUCAGGUCCUCUAGAUAAAAGACAUGUCACUAGUGGUUUUGAUGAUGCUAUUACAUCAGGAGGACUAGAUAUCCAGGGAGGCUGGUCAGGUCCUCUAGAUAAAAGACAUGUCACUAGUGUUGUUGAUGAUGUUAUUACAUCAGGAGGACUAGAUGUCCAGGGAGGCUGGCCAGGUCCAGCAGAUCAAAAUAAAGAUCAUGUAGAUAAAGGUCACAGGUGGUUGAGGUCACAGGCAGGUCACAAGGCUGCCUCUCUUCUCAAUUCCAUAACACACACGUUGACAUGCACCCACCCACAUGCGUGUUGUGAGGUCCUCUGAAGAGACACUAAGAGGGUGUUGUGGAGGACAGGCAGGGUGAUGAAUAGGAAGAGACGUGAUAGUCCGGCGUCCCAUUGUGUUGUCCGGCGUCCCACCUCCCCACAAUCCCCAGCCAACGCGGCUCCGCGUUCUCGUCCUCUAUGCGUUCUAAUGUGUUGACAGUUGGAGAAAUUGCUUGAGCCACGCUAAGAAUUCAAAGUAUGAAAGUCAAUGGUCCGACAUUCUAGAACACUGCUGUGUUUACACAUACACGUUUUGGACUCUGAUAGCCGCUUUAGACUCAGGCAUCGGUGAGCAGACAGGGAAAGAGAGCGAGAGAGAAAGAUAGAGAUGGAUAGAGUAAGAGGGAGAGGAGAGAGAGAGAGGGAAAGAUGGA